AUGGCUCAAGGAAAUGUUCCUUCUCGGCGUACCACAUCACUUUCUGGAUCAGCAAGAUUAUCCUUAAGCGUAGGAAAAGCGACUGCCAAUGCACCUAAUCCAGCAUCUAACAGACAUCCUCUACGACAAGACUGGUCUAUAUCAUACGUACAUAGACCCCCAGGAGCAAAAGUAGAAUAUGAAAAAGAGAUAAGAAAGGUGGCUACCUUUGGUUCUAUCGAAUCCUUCCUUCAUCUCUAUUCUCAUAUUACACCGCCUAAUGAAUUACCCCCCGUGACAGACAUUUUAGUGUUCGUGAGCAGAAUCGGUAGACCAGGAGUGUGGGAAGAAAUGCGAGAUGGUGGUAAAUUCACUAUCAGACUCCUUCAUCCUGUCACACCUCUUCUUUUCGAAUCGCUUCUUCUCGCACUUAUAGGAGAUCAAUUUGACGAGACCGACAAUGUAGUUGGAUGUGUAUUGAGCGUGAGACAGGCUGAAGAUAUAUUGAGCGUAUGGGUAGAAGAGGAAAGUGAUAGUGUCAGAAGUGGUGCUUUGAAGGAAAAGAUUCUCCACCUUCUAGGUCUGUCGUCAUCCACAAGUUGUGAAUAUAGAGCCAACAGAGCAUUACUUGAAGCAACUUCAAAACCACCAUUCAACAAUCUGAACUCCACAAACUCUGUACCCGAGCAAAAUAAUCAUGAACACCAUAAUACCAAUAACAAUAGUAAUCAACAGCAUCAUCAACAGCAUCAUCCAAGACAACAUCAUACACAUCAUAAUCACACACACGCUCAUAGAGAUAGAGAACAUAAUACAUAUGACCGAGCAGAUCGAACAGAAAGAGGGGAACGAGGAGACAGAGGCGAGAGAGGAGAAAGGGGAGAAAGAAACGAGAGGGGUCAUUGGAAUGGUGGAUAUAGAGAAAGAGGUGAAGGAAGGAGAAAUCAGGGUGGAAGUGGUGCUUUAGGUGGUGAAAAGAGAGAACCUGGUUCAUGGGGAUUAUAA